UGGCCUCCCAGGUGAUAAGACCGGUAUAUAGCCCGCCCGGGCUCGGAGGCUGGGAAGCGGAGACACCGGCAACUCGGAAGAGGAGAUGGCCAGUAGGAAGGCAGGGACCAGGGGGAAGGCAGCGGCCAAGCAGGCCCAGCGUGGCUCGUCCAAUGUUUUCUCCAUGUUCGAGCAAGCGCAGAUCCAAGAGUUCAAGGAGGCUUUCAGCUGCAUCGACCAGAACCGUGAUGGCAUCAUCAGCAAGUCAGACCUGAAGGAAACAUUCUCCCAGCUCGGGAAGCUGAACGUCUCUGAUGAGGAGCUGGAGGAGAUGCUGCAGGAGGGGAAAGGCCCCAUCAACUUCACCGUCUUCCUCUCGCUCUUCGGGGAGAAACUCAACGGGACGGACCCCGAAGACUCCAUCCUCAGUGCCUUCCGUAUGUUCGAUCCCAAUGGCACCGGCCUGGUGAACAAAGACGAGUUCAAGCAGCUCCUCCUGACACAGGCGGACAAGUUCACCCCCGCUGAGGUGGAGCAGAUGUUUGCAGUGACACCCAUCGACAUGGCAGGAAACAUCGACUACAAGUCCUUAUGCUACAUCAUCACCCACGGAGAUGAGAAGGAGGAGUGAGGGGAGGGGGCCGGCUUGGUAGCCCCCAGCAUGGAACAAAGUCAAUAAACCCUAGAGUCAAAGCUC